AUGGAUCCGGAGGCUUUCACGGCGAGUUUGUUUAAAUGGGAUACGAGAGCAAUGGUGCCACAUCCUAACCGUCUGCUUGAAAUGGUGGCGCCACCUCAGCAACCACCAGCUGCGGCGUUUGCUGUGAAGCCAAGGGAGCUAUGUGGGCUAGAGGAGUUGUUUCAAGCUUAUGGUAUUCGGUACUACACGGCAGCAAAAAUAGCUGAACUUGGGUUCACAGUGAACACCCUUUUGGACAUGAAAGAUGAGGAGCUUGAUGAAAUGAUGAAUAGUUUAUCUCAGAUUUUUAGGUGGGAUCUUCUUGUAGGAGAGAGGUAUGGGAUUAAAGCUGCUGUUCGAGCUGAAAGAAGAAGGCUUGAUGAAGAGGAAUCUAGGCGUAGGCAUUUGCUCUGUGGUGAUACUACUACUAAUACUCUUGAUGCUCUUUCCCAAGAAGGGUUGUCUGAGGAGCCAGUACAGCAAGACAAGGAGGCGGCGGGAAGCGGUGGAGGAGGGACAUGGGAGGCAGUGGCAGCGGGGGAGAGGAAGAAACAGUUGAGGCAUAAGAAGAGCCAAAGAAAGGUGGUGGACAUUGAUCGAGAUGAUGAAAAUGAGGACGAUGAACAUGGUGGUGUUAUCGGUGAGAGACAGCGGGAGCACCCAUUCAUUGUAACAGAGCCUGGUGAAGUGGCACGUGGCAAAAAGAACGGUCUUGAUUACCUCUUCCAUUUAUAUGAACAGUGCCGCGAUUUCUUGAUCCAAGUCCAAAGCAUUGCCAAGGAGAGAGGAGAAAAAUGCCCCACCAAGGUGACAAACCAGGUGUUUAGGUAUGCCAAGAAGGCAGGAGCAAGCUACAUCAACAAGCCCAAAAUGAGACACUAUGUGCAUUGCUAUGCUCUACAUUGCCUAGAUGAAGAUGCAUCUAAUGCACUUAGGAGAGCAUUCAAGGAGAGAGGAGAAAAUGUUGGAGCAUGGAGACAGGCUUGUUACAAGCCUCUAGUGGUCAUCGCAUCGCGCCAAGGCUGGGAUAUAGAUUCCAUUUUCAGUGCUCAUCCUCGGCUUGCCAUUUGGUACGUGCCUACCAAGCUCCGUCAACUUUGUUACGCAGAACGCAAUAGUGUCACUGCUUCAAGCUCUGUCUCUGGUAAUGGAGGUCAACUGCUGUUUUGA